CUCUUUCCUUUCUCUCUCUCUUCUCUUCUCUUCUCUUCUCUCCCUGCCAAUUUUCGUUUCACACACGACAUCCUCAACAACGUCUCUCUCUCUCUCUCUCUCUCUCUCUCUCUCUGUCUCUCUCUCUCUCUAGACAUAGAUUUCUGUGGCCUUUCCACAUGAUCUUGUCUUGUCUUGGUUUUCCCACUUGGGCACUUUCUGUUUUUCUUCUUUGGUUCGCCUCCCUUUCCAAACACGCUUAUUCCAGCCGUUUAAACCUCAGACUCCAUCUGGGUUUUUUCUUUGUCUUCUUACAAUUCCAAUCUUUCAUCUCAUUAAACUUUCCAUAUAAUUUCCUCUCAUUAAUAUUGUCUCUUUCUAAGUAAAGUCUUGGUCUUUUGAGCUUAUCCUCUGUCUGGUCUCUUCUUUAUCUUUCUUGUGAGGACUUAAAUCUGUCUAAUUUUAUCAGUUAUAUUGUUACAUCUUCAAAUUCGGCCUUAUUUCUUUCUUGAUUCGUUUUCUUAGAGCUUAAGCAAAAUUAGAAAUGAAGUGCUUUUUUCCUUUCAAGGACAAAUUUAAAUCCAAGAGCAAGCACAAAGCAAAAUCCGCCCCGGAAUUGCGAAACAGAUCAAACAAGUCCGGAGACAACGGGCGGUUAAAUCGGGAAACCAAAUCGUCACGUUCAUUGCCAUCGCCGAGAAGCAUACCGGAAUUGUACAAAGAGAAAGAGCACAACUUGAGAGUCUUCUCUUUGCAAGAGCUGAAAGAGGCAACAAAUGGCUUCAACAGAUUGCUUAAGAUCGGCCAAGGCGGUUUCGGGAGCGUUUAUAAGGGAACAAUUAGGCCUGCAAAUAGUAUUGGUAAUUCUUCUGUUGUCGCCAUUAAAAGGUUAAACCAGCACAGUUUACAGGGCCAUAAAGAAUGGCUUUCAGAGGUUCAAUUCCUUGGAGUUCUCAGCCACCCAAACCUAGUAAAACUUAUAGGAUAUUGCGCAGUAGAUGGAGAAAGGGGAAUCCAACGGUUACUGGUAUACGAAUUCAUGCCGAAUAGAAGCUUGGAAGAUCAUCUAUUUAACAGGGCUUUCCCCAGUUUGCCUUGGAUCAAAAGGUUGCAGAUUAUCCUUGGCGCUGCUGAGGGGUUGGCUUAUCUACAUGAAGGACUUGAACUCCAGGUGAUAUAUAGAGAUUUCAAAUCGUCAAAUGUACUACUGGAUGAGGAGUUCAAGCCGAAGCUCUCAGACUUUGGACUUGCUAGAGAAGGGCCAACCGGCGACCGGACUCAUGUAUCCACCGCGGUGGUUGGAACAUACGGAUAUGCUGCACCAGAAUACGUUGAGACAGGCCAUCUCACGGUGCACAGUGACAUAUGGAGCUUUGGUGUUGUACUCUAUGAGAUCCUCACAGGAAGGCGGGCUUUGGACAGAAACCGCCCGACCGCGGAGCAGAAGCUGCUAGACUGGGUGAAACAGUUCCCAGCUGACAGCAAAAAGUUCAGCAUGAUCAUCGAUCCUCGCCUGCGAAACGAGUUCUCUCCUAGCGCGGCAAGGAGAGUUGCCAAGUUGGCAGAUAGGUGCCUGAACAAGAAUGCAAAAGACAGGCCAACAAUGAGCCAAAUUGUGGAGAGCUUGAAGCUGGCAAUACAAGAAUCAGAAGAAAAGUCCUCUCCUACAAAUGGAAUGUCUCUAUCAUCUAGAUCUAAUUUGGUUAACGGAAAAUCCAAGUAGAUUUGGUAUAAGUAGAGUUUCAAUGUGAUCAACAAGGCGAAAGAAAAUCAUUUUUUGUCAACUGAGUUGUGAGAGGCACUUGCGAACGUGUUGUUUAUUGUCUUUGUGUAGGAGGGGGAAUAAUGAAUAUACUUAUAAAUUUUUUAGUAUAA